AUGGCAGUCAUGCGCAUAGACUACUCACAGUUCUUUCCAUACAUUCGGAGAAAAGUUCAUAAACCGGCCACGAGUGACGACUUGUAUGAUAAACCGGCGACGAGUGACGACUUGUAUGAUAAACCGGCCACGAGUGACGACUUGUAUGAUAAACCGGCCACGAGUGACGACUUGUAUGAUAAACCGGCGACGAGUGACGACUUGAAUGAUAAACCGGCCACGAGUGACGAAUUGUAUGAUAAACCGGCCACGACUGACGACUUGUAUGGUAAACCGGCCACGAGUGACGACUUGUAUGAUAAACCGGCCACGAGUGACGACUUGUAUGGUAAACCGGUCACGAGUGACGACAUGUAUGAUAAACCGGCCACGAGUGACGACUUGUAUGAUAAACCGGCCACGAGUGACGACUUGUAUAAUAAACCGGCCACGAGUGACGACGUGUAUGAUAAACCGGCCACGAGUGACGACUUGUAUGAUAAACUGGCAACGAGGGACGACUUGUAUGAUAAAUCGGCCACGAGUGACGACUUGUAUGAUAAACCGGCCACGGGCGACGACUUUUAUGAUAAACCGGCCACGAGUGACGACUUGUAUGAUAAACCGGCCACGAGUGACGACUUAUUGGAAGAUAAACCGGCCACGAGUGACGACUUGUAUGAUAAACCGGCCACGAGUGACGACUUGUAUGAUAAACCGGUCACGAGUGACGACUUGUAUGAUAAACCAUUCACGAGUGACGACUUGUAUGAUAAACCGGCCACGAGUGACGACUUGUAUGAUAAACCGGCCACGACUGACGACUUGUAUGAUAAACGGGCCACGAAUGACGACUUGUAUGAUAAACCGGCCACGAGUGACGACUUGUAUGAUAAACCGGCUACGGGUGACGACUUUUAUGAUAAACCGGCCCGGAGUGACGACUUGUAUGAUAAACCGGCAACAAAUGACGACUUGUAUGAUAAACCGGCCACGGGUGACGACUUUCAUGAUAAACCGGCCACGAGUGACGACUUGUAUGAUAAACCGGCCCCGAGUGACGACUUGUAUGAUAAACCGGCCACGAGUGACGACUUGCAUGAUAAACCGGCCACGAGUGACGACUUGUAUGAUAAACUUGUCAUGAGUGACGACUUGUAUGAUAAACCGGCUACAAGUGACGACUUGUAUGAUAAACCGGCCUCGAUUGACGACUUGUAUGAUAAAACGGCCACGAGUAACGACUUGUAUAAUAAACCGGCCACGAGUGACGACUUGUAUGAUAAACCGGCCACGAGUGACGACUUGUAUGAUAAACCGGCCACGAGUGACGACUUGUAUGAUAAACCGGCCACGAGUGACGACUUGUAUGAUAAACCGGCCACGAGUGACGACUUGUAUGAUAAACCGGCCACGAGUGACGACUUGUAUGAUAAACCGGCCACGAGUGACGACUUGUAUGAUAAACCUGUCACGAGUGACGACUUGUAUGAUAAACCGGCUACAAGUGACGACUUAUAUGAUAAACCGGCCACGACUGACGACUUGUAUGAUAAAACAGCCACGAGUAACGACUUGUAUGAUAAACCGGCCACGAGUGACGACUUAUUGGAAGAUAAACCGGCCACGAGUGACGACCUGUAUGAUAAACAGGCCACGAGUGACGACUUGUAUGAUAAACCGGUCACGAGUGACGACUUGUAUGAUAAACCAUUCACGAGUGACGACUUGUAUGAUAAACCGGCCACGAGUGACGACUUGUAUGAUAAACCGGCCACGACUGACGACUUGUAUGAUAAACCGGCCAAGAGUGACGACUUGUAUGAUAAACCGGCCACGAGUGACGACUUGUAUGAUAAACCGGCUACGGGUGACGACUUUUAUGAUAAACCGGCCCGGAGUGACGACUUGUAUGAUAAACCGGCCACGAGUGACGACUUGUAUGAUAAACCGGCCACGGGUGACGACUUUUAA